GAAUUCACAGAUGUAAACAAACGGAAAUGGAGGGGAAUUGUAUACGAGAAAGAGAUAAGAAAGGUCAGUUCAAGAAAGCCUCGUCUACUGCUACUAUAACCAUUAGCACAUGUACCGAUGAAAAUAACAACCACCCUGACUUCAUCGAUGUCAACAGCGAAGAUCCACUAGCACAGGUAGAUGAAUAUGAUGAAAAUAAAGAGACAUUUGACCUGUUCCAAGGCAGAAGAGUUGUUGAAUUUUCAAUUCUGGUGGAUCAUUUGCAAAGAGGGUGCUUUCUGUGUCAUACGUCUUUGGAUCUUGUUGACUGUGAGAAAGAGAGACGUUAUGGACUAGCCAGCUUACUGUAUGUGAGAUGCAGGAAGUGCGACGAACUGACGAUCAUUCCAACUGGUAAACGACACAAUAUAGGUCAGAAUGGUCAAGGUCCUUUUGAUAACAACACCAAACUUGCUGUUGGAAUCUACCCUAUGGGAAAUACCUUUCGGAUAAAGAACUCCACCAUGAUCUUGUGAAAAUCUUCACAUUGUAUGCAGAACAAUCUGACAGACUUUCUUCAUUAGAGAGCACACAGAACAAUGAAAACUUCAAUCAAAUUGUUGCAAGAAAAAAUCCAAAGAACAACUUCUACUCUGGUUCAGAGAGUACCACUAGCAGAGUUGCUGCAGCUACAUGUGAAAAAAAUAUAGGACCACAUUAUGUGACUCAGAUAAAUGAUGAGUUGAGUUUGUCGCCCAGGAUUACAAAGCGCACAUCUAUCAUUACUGCUGUGUCCAAAUUCAUGGAAGAGAGAUAACUCUACAUUCUGAAAAUUGAUGUCAUAUUGAUUUCAGUCAUUAUCUUUUAUAUUUUACUGGAUACAAUGCAAUUUAUUUUUAUUUUUGUAAUCCUUUCACUCAAUGGAUAUUUUGUUUAGGCAGCAAACAAGUCAACAUACAGUAUAUGAAAUACAAUUUGAUGAAACUGAGAUAACUCUUUUUGUUUUCUAUUAUUUACUGUAUACGUAAUGAUCAAUUAUCUCAUAAGAUCACCUGGAUACAAUGGUAAAUAAUUAUCAAUUCUUUGUCAUAA